CUUCUUCAUCUCUCUCUCUCUGAGUUUUAAGUUCUCUCUAAAUCGAUUCGGCCAAAUUCACUUCUCUUGAUUGGUGGUUCAGAUCGUGCCGUCUCGAAUUCGGGGUUGAGUAGAUACUGGAUCACUGACCCGACCCGAAUUAUUAAUGUCGGAAGUGAAGGAGACGGGUGGGGUUUCUAUUGGCGGCGAAUCGUUGAGAGCGUCGCCGAAGGUUCUGACGGCUGGUGAUCGGAAAUUACUUAAGGUGGAGCUACGGCCAGGGGAUACAACGUAUGUUUCGUGGAAGAAGCUUAUGAGGGAUGCUAGUAAGGUCAAUGGUUCAUCGGCUUCGGUUCCCGAUCCGCCUCCUAAUGCUAACCCUAACCUCGAGUCUCGAAUUGCACCGCCAGUGAGUUUGAUGUUGCACGAGAUGGGGCAGCCAGCAGAAAUUGAAACGAACGAUCAACCUCAUUCUAACCGUUUCAACGCUGUUAUUGAGAAGAUAGAGAGGCUCUAUAAGGGUAAUGAUAGCAGUGAUGGGGAAGAGUUAGACGGUGCUCCUGACGACGAUGAGUAUGACACUGAAGAUUCAUUUAUCGAUGAUGCCGAACUGGAUGAGUAUUUUGAAGUUGAUAAUUCAGCAGUUAAACAUGAUGGAUUUUAUGUCAAUAGAGGAAAGUUAGAGCGGAUAGAACCUUCGACAACAUCUAACCAGCAACCCAAAAAGAGGCGACGCAAAGAUCCAGCAAAACCAUUUGGUGAUGCCGUUGGCGUCUCUGAUAAACACACCAAGUUGUCCUUAACAGCUAGGGGAAAGGAUCAGUCAACGGCGUCCGGGUCCUCUUUGAAGAGAAAGUAUAAUGUCGCAAGGAAAACACAGGAGCCACCUUUUCCUUUUGGAGCGCAAGAUGCGAAUAUUUCAUUAUCUCUGGAUGAUGUGAAGCAUUCUGAUAGAGCAAAUCAUCAGAAUAAGAAGGACACAUGUCCCAAGUCAAAGGAAACUGGAUCCUCUAGUGCCCUUCAUCAAAAAUACAGCAACAAAGGCUUACAUCAACAAUCUAAGUCCCUGCCAGGAAAAUCUCUGCCCAAUGUUUCUGCAGAGGCAACAAUAGUCCGCCAGAAAGAAAACAAUGGUAUGCAUGAGCUGGCAAAUGCAAAAAGCAGACAAUCUAGUCAAGCGUCUAAAAGAGAUGGUUCUAAUGUGAAGUCUAAAAUCUCCAUCCUCGAGAAAGCCAUAAGGGAAUUGGAGAAGGUGGUUGCCGAAUGUGAGUUUUAA